GCGGCCCACUUUGGCCAGAAUCUUGGGCGUGACGUUGGUGAAGUCGUCGCAGGGGUAGACGCGGCCUAACACGCGCAGGCCUUCUUCCCGGCCCGGGGCGGGGCCGGGGGACGAGGACCGUCGGCGACACGCGGAGAGAAGAGGCCACGGGUGGCGCGCCGCCCGACGGAGGAUCAUGGCCGGCGGGGCGCGGACGGACGAUUCCGAAGGUCGGCCGAGAUCGCCCGGCCCGAAGGUCGGCCGGCGUCGUCGCUUGUGGAAAAACCGAGGAUGGAAAGACCGGGAUCGAUCGGAGGUGACGGCCGGUGGCUACUUUCCUAAAAUCUGGAUCUGAAGGAGACACACGAUAGUUCAAGUUUUGGUAAAAGUCAGAUUGCCCGAGCGGGCCCCUCGAUACACGGAUCUUGAAAAAAAAAAAAAAAAAAUGCUAGACGAUCACAUUGGGUGACACAUUUAAACCACUCACUUAUCACCGUUAAUGGGGACCAGAACCAAAGUGAAAAAGCGCAAAGUAGUUUCACCCCACCUCCUCAUUUUAUCAAUAAAUAUGUAAAGCCCUUCAAAUGAUGAUGGUAUCAUUAGAACAUCAAAGAAUAGUUUGAAAUGCAAAUAAAAUAUUAACAAUAGAAGUAACAAACAAAAUAAUGUACACAGUUUAAAUACAUAUUGUGCAUUCAUUCUCUUACACUAAUAUGAUACACGUCUCUAGGUGUACAUACAUACAUAGAUGUAAAUAAAGGGGACAAAUAUGUAUCGAGAACUUUCUUUUGAAUCUUCUAACAAGAUUUAAAAAGGCGCGGUGCACCGAGGGAGGGCGCAAAAAUUGAGGCACGAAGUAGCGAGGGAUCACUCUAUUUGAAAUGGCGUUGUACAAUGACAACUAAGGCUAUUUUACGGUAUAUCGUUCCUUUUGGAACUUCGGCUCCUUUGUUUGGUUUUGUGUCACUCACAUUAGAUAUCUCUCGUCGUGAUCGCAUCUUCUCGUGACACUCGGUGCAUUUGUAAGAUAUGAGAAGUUAAAGCAGCAACUUUUAAUGGCGCACUUUUGCGGCUCGUCAAUCAAGAACAAGGGGAUGAAAAUAGGGCAAAAUGGUUUUCGGAGUAACGACGUUUCAUCUAACGCCGAUUUAGACUUAGACACGAAACACAUUCUGAGUUGAAACGCCUACGUAACAGUUGCAAGGUUGCCUUACCUUGAGCACCGUAAGCAGUCGGCUUCCUUGUUAGAAGUCCGACGCGUGCCAGACUGCUUAAAUAGUCUUUCAAAGAAAAAAAUGGUCAAAGGCUUGCGGUUUGAUCGCUAAUAGCAUACCAAAGGAGAUGCUGACAUGGAUUUACUAUGAGGGGUAAAAAGUCAAGCAAAGUUGGAGCUCAAUCGUAAAUUGAGACAGGCGCUCUUUGAACACACUGGUUAGUGGGGUCCUAUUGCCGGCCGUCGUCGUUGUUGUCGCCGACCGCUCAGCUAGCUAGCUAGCUAGCUUUCGACGGACGUGAUGGCGGCGCCCUCCAGAGCGCAGGUGAUUUCUCUGUACAGGAUGCUCUUAAAAGAAAGUUACAACUUUCCCUCCUACAAUUAUAGGACCUACGCGGUACGUCGAGUGCGAGACGCUUUCAGGCUUAACAAGAAUGUGGAUGACCCAAAAAAGGUGGAGAGGCUGGUGCUGGAGGGCCGUCAGUCGCUGGCGCUGAUCCAGAGACAGGUGGCUGUCGGCGGCAUGUUCCAGGCGCCCAAGACGGUGGUGGAGUAGCGGGAGAAGAGGAAGCCGCCUCGCGCCGGCCCGCCGCCGGCCGGACUUCCUGGGUCUCGCACGUUUCCAAAAUAAUGGCGCUUCAUGAGAUCAAAUGCAAAGGAAGCUUUUUAACGGUCGCGUGUUGACGUGACGUCACCUGGCUUUGUUUUGGGCGGGGACGCGCUAAACAUUCUUUCGUCCAAUUCAAUGACAGCUAUUUUGAAGGACUUGAAAUUUUGCAACUUCAGUCCUCUCCUAAUGCAGUCAUUUGUUCUGUUGUGAUUGAUCAGAAGCUCGAGUUGGUGAUAUGUAUUUUUUGACUAGUAUUGAAUGUUAGCCUUUCUAAUUUUGAAAAUGCCUACAGGUUGACUUUGUUGCACUUUUGUUUGUUGUAUCUGUCACUGCCUACUCUGCAAGACUUGGGUGUUUUGUGAAAUAUAUCUUCCUUCCCUACCGGA